GAAAGUUGAAUCGAACUUGGCACCAUGAAUUUGGAACAGUUUGGUUGCUUUAGAUUUUUGCAGUCCACGUCUACUGUACCGCAUCAGUUUAGGAAAUUAUUGAAACUUGGCCAGGUUUUGACGCAUGGGCACUUGGGACCAGAGGCACCCACAGUGUUUUGCAACACUUCUUGGAGGAGCACUGGCGCAUCAAAGACAUGCAGUCCAAAUUUUCCCUGAUUAAAGUAAAAGUUUUGCUUGUAAGCCUGCUGAACGGAUUUCGAGAUCUUACUCUCAUGGGUGUGCAGGCCUUUGAUUUCAAUCACAUGAACAAUGUCCUGAUUUCCCGGGACUGCAGAAAAGCUCGACUCAUUGACAUUGAUGGGAAUAGCAAAGGCUCUAUUCAGUUUCCCUCAGAAUACACUCGGGGGAGUGGCGAAGAGGGUCUCUUCAAGCCUGCGCUUGAUGUGGAUCUUUCAUUGGUUUUGCCCGUUGUAGUGCAACAGCUGAUAUGUGGCAAAGGCCGUGGAACUCUCUUCGUCACGGAGCUGAUUAGCAAAGUUCGGCGUGCGAAGAACGACGAGGAGGCCAAAGAGCUUAUUCGUCACAUUGUGCAGGAGGAUUUCUUCCGAUACUCGAAAGGUACAAAUCAAGAUGAGAAGACAGAAAAGCACCUCUCCAAAGUCGUGGAAUGGUUCUACGCGCUGCUGAUGAAGCGCGCUCCCUGGACAACAUGGACCAACGAUAUCUACGAUGCUAUGCGUUGUAUUGACCAUUUGCCUAUCAGUUGACGAAGGUGAUGACUGCGAGUGCAGAUUGAGCAGACUCUGACACACUCCUGGAAUGGCCAAUGUCACAAGCAUCCUGAAGGAGAUAGGACCUGCCAGACUUCUUCGGUUGGAAGAUCUCGAGAUUUGCAAAGCGUGGGGCCACGUGUGGGCGGAACAUGUCCGCCCGGUUGUUCAUGGAUGUCUUGCCAAUGAUCGAUGGGAGCUGCGUCCCAGAGGGCAAAGCCGCAUUGAUUGAGGUGAUUGGAAAAAUGGAGAGGAUCAAAC